ACCAAUAAAUUUAUAUGUAUAAUAUAAAUGGAACCAGUAUGUACAUAUAAUUGUGUACAUAAAUACAUUAAUAUUUUUUUAUUAUAAACAAAUUUAUGAAAAUUUUAAUUGGAGUAAAGAGCAUAAGACAAGUGAACGUAAAAAUAUACGUGUACAUAUACUUUUAUACUAAUUUUUUGUAAUUAAGUUAGUGCAUAAAUAAACUAUGUGGAAAUAUAAAGUAGUUAGUGUUUCAAAUCACAUAUUUCCAGGUUUAAUGUAUUAUGAUCGUGAUAAAAAAUUUUAUGAUACAGGAAAUCUGAUCAAAUCAAAUGUAUUACUCCAAAUGGUAUUAUAUUUUAAUGUAUGGCUGUUUCCUAUUUGGUUUUUCAUAAUGUUUUUGGGAUUAGAUGCUAAGUAUUACAACUUAAGCAACAUAUAUCGAUGCCUCAAUAUCAGUACUUAUACAUUAAUCAGUAUUAUUGAAUGUAUCAAGUUAUAUUUAGGAUAUAUUGGUAAUUUAUCGGAAAAGAUUCCUGAGUUGGCUAGUUUUUGGUUCAUAUCAACAUUACUUCAAUUUCCACUAUUGAUGUUUAUAUUAUUAGAAGGAAAUAUGUUAUCAUAUUUCAUUGAAAAAAUUACAACUGGAAUGAUGAUUACUCUAUUGAGUAUUGAAAUUAUGUCAUGUACCAUGACUUUGAAUAAUAUUGCAGCACAUAACUUGAAACAAUUUUAUGCAUCACAAAUUUGUAAUAUUGACAAAAAUUCGAAUGGCCGUUAGCUUUAAAUCAGUAUUGAAAAGAAGAAUAAAUUGGAAAAUUUAUGAAAUUACAUCCAAAUUAUUAUCAUUUAUGAAAAAUUCCAGAUUUAUCAAGUUAGUUUUUAGUCCAUUUGUAAAAUAUUCCAUUGCUUGAAGAACUUGCUCUUCCCUAUUCGGUAAAUCAUUUGCUAAUGCGAGCAUCAAUUUUGAUUUGGUUGGAGCCAUUCUAAUUAAAAGCUAUGUUAGGUAAUAAAUAAUUAAGUAAAAAUAAAUUUUUAAGUAAAUAAUACGAAAAAAAAUAAUAGAUUUUCAUAUCAUACACUAAAUAAUUGAAUAGCCAUCCAAUCAUGGUAAGGCUCUAAUGAUUUUUUAUAACUAUAUCUAAUGUUGGCUCCUAGAUCUUCAAUAAAUUCGCCUGUUUUUGAA